AGCUGGCGCACGAGUGUUGUUCCAGAGGUAGGCAAAUUUCAUUCCGCUAGCAAGAUGGCGGCGGCCUUGUCCGUUAGAACUCGAACUGGUGGAGGGGGACAGAUGGUGGGAAGUCGGGGCUUGAGGUCGGAGCGGGAGUCUGUUGAGUCGGAGGAGCAGACAGAAGUUAAACUGGAGCCGCAGGAGAUCCGGAGCCGGGUGGAGAGGAUGAGGAGGGAAGUGAGGAACCGGAGGAAGAUUCUUAUUAAAGGGCUGCCCGGGGAUAUCACUAACCAGGAAGUCCAUGACCUUCUGGGAGAAUUUGAGCUCAAAUACUGUUUUGUGGAUAAAUACAAAGGAACAGCCUUUGUAACCCUCCUUAAUGGGGAGCAAGCGGAGUCUGCCAUUCGCCGUUUCCACCAGAUUCACAUACGUGAGCGGGAAAUCUCUGUGCAGCUUCAGCCCACAGAUGCCCUUUUGUGCAUUGCCAACUUGCCUCCUACCUACACUCAGCAGCAAUUUGAGGAUCUUGUCCGGCCGUUCGGUAACCUGGAGCGAUGUUUCCUGGUCUACAGCAGCACCACUGGUUGCCCAAAGGGCUACGGAUUUGUGGAGUACAUGAAGAAGGACUCUGCGUCCAGGGCCAAGUCAGACUUGCUGGGCAGGCAGCUGGGCUCUCGCACUUUAUAUGUUCAUUGGUCUGACGUCAACCAGCUGACCUAUGAGUUACUCCAUUCCCACUGCCUACUGGUGGAGCAGCUGCAGGAGUGUGAUAUAGGGGAACUUAGGGAAGCCUUCUCCAAAAUUACUGCACCUUCCUUCUGCCAGCUGGCGUACGGGCAGGAUAAUCAGUAUAAAGGAUUUGCUAUAGUGGAGUACGAGUCUGAGGCAGUAACUGAAAUGGUCCAGCAGCAAAUGGAUGGAUCCUCUGUAGCUGGAAGCAAAGUACGGGUUUCUUUCUGUGCACCCGGGCCAGCAGGGAGAAGCAUGCUGGCUGCACUUAUAGCUGCACAGGCAAUGGCACUGAAUCGUGGAAAUGGGCUUCUCCCAGAGCCCAACAUCCUACAGAUACUAAGCAGCUUGGGGUCUCCAGCCACUCUGCAACUCCUACUGAACCCUCUACUUAAUGGGGCAGCUGGGAUCAAGCAAGGACUCCUGGGAGCUGCCCCAGCCUUACCUCUCCUAGCUAAUCCUGCUCUAUCCACGGCCCUGCUUCAGCUUGUCCUGCAGGCACAAACUCCACAGAAACCUGGUUUUCUUGGCGAUUCUCCUUUAUCAUCUUUGUAUGGUGCUAUGGGUCUGUCCCCCCAGCUAACACCCCAGCCUGGAAAGAACCUGCUGUCAGAUCUAGGACUUGCAGUCCCUUCAGUUGGGCUGCCAUGUGACCUGACAGCCGCAGCAGCACAACCGUUUCUGGGGCAGUUGGGCUCUGAGUGGGACAGCCCCCCUCCUACUCCUGUUCUGGGCUCUGUGUUGGCGGGACUUCAGAAACAGGGAGAUCCAGGGAUGUCCCUUUUGGGGGACCCUCCCAGAGAUGUGAACAUUCACAGCGCCCCCUAUGGAAACUAUCCGAGCCAACUUCCCAGCACUGGCACAAUGGGACCCCCCAGCAAACCAGCACCUUUUAAACACAAAAACUUGGGGACCCGGAACUCAAACGCUUCACUGCAGGAUUCGUUGCUGACCCCAACUGAUGGUUAUUCAUUUGACUAUCCAGAGCUGCCGCCCCAUAGGUAUUCUCAGAACAGGGAUCAUAUAGUGCCCAGCCUGGGAAGCUAUGAGUCCCAAAAUAAGAUAUCUCCGCCCUCUAGAUUUCGGGAGCGAAGCAAUAGCCUGCCUGCUCCUCUUCCUCCAUUUAGUGCUGGUUCUCCUUCUUCCUACUUUACCAGCGGCUUGCAAGCUGGGCUUAAACAGACCUACCUCAACAAAGCAGUGGGCAUGCCCCCGAGCAGUCCUGGUGGUGUUCCUCUGGAAAUUGAAGAGCUCAGUCCCCCAUCUGGAAAUGUGUUUAAGACUCCCAUUGGAGCUCAAAAACGAGGCUUCUCGCACUUAAUCCCGUCACCAGAGCCCAGCCCUGAGGGUGGCUAUAUCGGACAACAUUCACAAGGCCUUGGCGGUCACUACGCAGACUCUUACCUAAAGCGGAAGAGGAUAUUUUAGUGAAGGAAUCUACGUGUCUUCUGCUCGUUGCCUUCACAAUGCAAAACGCCGCUCUCCUACGUCCUGAAAGGCUCUUGUUUUUUCCUUUUGUUUUUAUGCUGUUUACAAGAGAACCGCCAUUAUAGGCCAAGAUGGACGCCAAGACUGUGUAAACGCACAGGGAAUGCUGUAACGAGCUUUUCUCACCGUUUCCAUUCUUUCGCCUUGGUGUGAUCUAGACUGAGUUUAUUUUAAGUUUGCUUUUGUUUUUAACUUAAUUUUAAGUGUCUUGUUAAGCUUGAGCCCCCUUUUCUUUUUGCCAGUAGAGUGGGGGCAGAUUGUCAUGUUCUCGUUUAAGCUUUCUUUCCUGAAAAUGCUUUUUAAUUUAUAUAUUUUUUUUGUGUUUUUAAGAUGCACUGCCGUUUUCUCACUUUCCAUCUGUCCUGGUCUGUUUUUAUUGUACUGAGGUGCAGGAGUUUCUUUUAAUUGCCUUUCUGAGCCAAGCAGGCCAGUUAUUGUUUUAUUUUUUUUCUGCUAACCCAUAUUCUGCUUCAGUGCAGAGCAUUAUGGGAUGCUGCUGAAAUACCCAUUGUCAUUUUAUAGCCUGCAAAUCCAAACCUUUAGCACAGUUAGUGGAUUAUUUUUGUUUUUAAUCCCCUCCCACACAUGCAGAGAUCAAGCGUGUU